AUGGUUUUAUGGAAGCUAACUCUUUCAUCACCUCCUCGCAACUCAAUUUUCCACAACUCAGUAGAUCUUGUCGCAGCGGCGCCAUCAGAAGCAAUGGCCGUUCCUUUGCUCGACAAGAAGAUUGUGAAGAAGCGUGUCAAGAAGUUCAAGAGGCAUGAGAGUGACCGCUAUGUCUCCCUGAAGACAAACUGGCGUAGGCCCAAGGGUAUUGAUUCACGUGUCAGGCGAAAGUUCAAAGGAUGUACGCUGAUGCCAAACAUCGGUUAUGGUUCAGACAAGAAGACUCGCCAUUAUCUUCCUAAUGGAUUUAAGAAAUUUGUUGUCCACAAUGCCAAAGAGCUGGAAAUUUUGAUGAUGCACAACAGGACUUACUGUGCGGAGAUAGCACACAAUGUGUCUACUAAGAAAAGGAAGGAAAUUGUUGAGCGCGCUGCGCAGUUGGAUGUUGUUGUGACCAACAAACUCGCUAGAUUGCGUAGCCAAGAAGAUGAGUGA